AUUUCAUAAAAAUGGGUCUCAUUAUGGCAAAACUGUUCCAAAGUUGGUGGAUUGGUAAAAAGUACAAGAUUAUUGUAGUCGGUCUCGAUAAUGCAGGGAAAACGACGAUUUUAUAUAAUUAUGUGACAAAAGAUCAAGUUGAAACGAAGCCAACAAUUGGAAGCAACGUCGAAGAAGUUUCGUAUCGAAAUUUAGAUUUUGUGAUCUGGGAUAUUGGCGGGCAGGAGAGUCUACGAAAGUCUUGGAGUACUUAUUAUGUUCAAACAGAUGUUGUUAUAGUUGUUAUUGACAGUUCCGACACCACUAGGAUUCCAAUUAUGAAAGAACAACUGCACAAUAUGCUUCAACAUGAAGAUCUUGCUCGUGCUCAUAUUCUGGUUUUGGCCAACAAACAGGAUCUGCCCGGAGCAAUGAAUCCAGCAGAAGUAUCCACACAACUCGGUCUCCAGACAUUACGAGGUGCUCGGAAAUGGCAGAUAAAUGGAUGUUGUGCUGUGAAAGGAGAAGGAUUGCCGGAAGCUCUCGAAUGGAUUGCCAACAAUUUGUAGAAACGUUUAUAUUUAUAAAUUUCAAAAAUUGCCUUAAACUUUGCCAGCCUCGUUUUUUAAACUCUCACUGUGAGAUUAUGUGAUUUGCCAACUUUCUAAUUGUGCUCUGUUAGUAAUCAAGUUUAUUCAUGUGAAUGUUAAUGAAUGAUGAGAUCAUU